GCUGGGAACUCACAAGCCUAUAAAAUGUGCCUUGCCUCCCAGUCCCCCUCUCCUUCAGCAAAACCAAAAGCAAGAGGUGGCCAUACAGAGGAGGAAUGGGAUGCUGUUCCACCCGGAGGUAGCUGUCCUGACUCAGCUGGUACAGCAUUUCUAACAGUUUGAACAGUGUAGCCAAAGCUUUUUCUGACAGAUCUCUCCUUCCCAGUACCUGCUGUGCUGCCUUACUUCCUUUUUUCUUUCUUUCCUCUUCUUAUCUGUUGGUGGGGAAUUUAGAGGGUUAGGAGAGGCAGGUGGGAGAGGCACAUCAUUCCUGGAAGAGAGGAGAGGAACAUCCAAGAUGACUUCUGUCCCCACAGCCAACUGGAACGUGAGCGUGAGCAGCAGGUGGAACGUGAGCCUUGCUGCCGCGGGCGAUCCCUGGGGACAGGCGCUGGGAGCGCCAGCUGGAAACACUUCUCCCCCUGUAGCAUCCUCAGCAGCCAACUUCUCCAAUCAGUUUGUGCAACCCUCUUGGCGCAUUGCCCUGUGGUCUCUGGCUUAUGGUGGUGUAGUGGCAGUGGCCGUUUUUGGAAAUCUCAUUGUCAUCUGGAUCAUCCUGGCUCACAAGCGCAUGAGGACGGUGACCAAUUACUUCCUGGUGAACCUGGCCUUCUCCGAUGCCUCCAUGGCUGCUUUCAAUACUCUCAUCAACUUCAUCUACGCGCUGCACAGUGAGUGGUACUUUGGGGAGGCUUACUGCCGCUUCCACAACUUCUUCCCAAUCACAGCUGUCUUCGCCAGCAUCUACUCCAUGACAGCGAUAGCUGUGGACAGAUACAUGGCCAUUAUUGAUCCCUUGAAACCUAGGCUCUCUGCAACUGCUACCAAGGUGGUCAUUGGGAGCAUAUGGAUUUUGGCUUUCCUGUUGGCCUUUCCCCAGUGCCUAUACUCCAUAACCAAGGUGAUGCCUGGGAGAACUCUUUGCUAUGUAGCGUGGCCAGGUGGUCCAAAACAGCAUUUUACGUAUCAUGUCAUUGUGAUUGUGCUGGUCUACUGCUUUCCGCUGCUUGUUAUGGGCAUCACUUAUUCCAUAGUGGGAAUUACUCUCUGGGGAGGAGAAAUACCAGGCGACACGUCUGACAAAUAUCACGAGCAGCUCAAAGCUAAGAGAAAGGUGGUAAAAAUGAUGAUUGUGGUUGUGCUGACAUUUGCCAUCUGCUGGCUGCCCUACCACAUUUACUUCAUGGUUACUGGGAUCUAUCAACAAUUGAAUCGGUGGAAAUACAUUCAGCAAAUCUAUUUGGCCAGCUUUUGGCUUGCCAUGAGCUCCACAAUGUACAAUCCCAUUAUCUACUGCUGUCUUAAUAAGAGGUUCCGAGCUGGCUUCAAGCGAGCUUUCCGCUGGUGCCCCUUCAUUGAGGUGUCCAGCUAUGACGAGCUAGAGCUCAAGGCAGCCAGGUUUCAUCCCACCCGGCAAAGUAGCCUAUACGCUGUGUCCAGAAUGGAGUCCAGCAUGACAGUGGUGUUUGACACGAAUGAUGGAGACAACACCCACGCCAGCCGUAAGAAAAGAGCAGCUCCGAGGGACACGAGUUUCAAUGGCUGUUCACGGAGGAAUUCCAAGACCGUCUCCACAGCCUCAAGUCUCAUCAGUUCACUGCACACAUCAGCAGAUGAUUAUUCCUAAGCAUUUCAUGGUGCCAGUUGCUAGAAGGGCAGCACUGGACAAUGCUCUCCUGCUUUGGGACUAGAUAGUCAUACCACAGGAAAGCAAACAUAAUUCCACUGAUGAACCCUAGCUAUAAAUAUCAUGAGACUUUUAGGCAUUGUUUACUUUUCUGCUUUAGAAAGAAAGAGGAACUUGAAGACGUAUGUAUGCACCAGUCCGAAAGCACAGUCCCACCUUAUAUAUGGCAAUGUUUGUAGGGAUUAUCCAAAAUAAGCCAACGGCAUAAAAAACAUUGUUUCAGCUGUAUCUGACCUGUGGCAUUUAUGUUUUACUUACUGAACUGUAACAGGCUCCUUUACUUACUGAAGCUGAAGUGUACGAUGUUUUUCUAUUAUAAGUGUAUUAAUUCUAGACUAACAAAAUUACAUAACAUCUGAUAAAAAAAUUUCUUUAUAAUGAAGACCUAAUGAGCCCCAAGUCUAUUCAAUUGUUUUACAAUUUAGCCCUAUUCCCGGGCAAAUAGACAAAACGAAGUUCAGGUGAAUGAAGUUCAGCUCUGUCUGCAACAGUAGAAUCUUUCAAAUAUAUAUGAAAAAUGUUUUUUAAAAAGGAGAAAAUCUCCAAGAAACUAAGUUAAACUCUACCAAAGUUUCUGUAUUAGUGAACAUUAGAUUCCAAUGGAAUGUAUACUUCCAGGAGGAGGUAUUGCUUAGAUGAACGUCCCAUAGCUUUCUGUCUUGGUGCUAAGGGUAAGAUCUUCCUUCAGUGACCCUAACAGGAGCUUUGUGAUUGCCUUUAGAAAGGUCAAAAGAUUUUAAACUGGAGAUUCACAGGUAAGAAAAAUACCACUGUGGCAAUGAACACUUCUCUGCAGAAGAUACAGUAACAUGUUUCACUAUGAAAUACCUUCACCAGAAAAAAAAAUAUUCGGGCUAUUUUCCCAAAUUUUCCAUAGCUAGAUGCAUGUAAAAAUACAUGUCUGCAUCUGAAAACAUUAGGCAUUAUUACACAGACACUGUCCCACCCAAUUCAAUCAAAAUCCACUGACCAUCACUGUUGCAAAGAAAGCUGAACUUAAUACAAAAGGGACCAGAGGGCAGCCUUUGUUUUAGAUAAAUGGCUGUAUCAGUUGCCUGGAUCAACUGGUUGUAUGAAUGUUCUCAAACAGUAAAUCAGAACUUAAGCAAAAGAGUGUGAAUGCCUUCUGAGUUAGCCAGACCAGCACAGGGGAGUGCUUGACCCAACAUCGUACCAAAACUAAGCAAUUAACAAAGAGAAGUUUGAAGGGAGAAAGGCUUGAGCUGGCUUUAGCCCGCAUUCCUUCCCAGCGACUGGGGAUGCCUGGCAUUGUGACAGUGAGCAUAUCAUAAGAGACUAGUAAUGAGAAUCAUGUUUGUAUUGUGAUUCAUCUGUAUGGUCAAUUGCUAUAUUCUGCUAAGUGUAAUUUGUAUUUCUGCUGUGAUUUCAGUGCAUUGCUGUAUCACUCUGCUAAAUCAAAAUCCUGCAUAAGGUGAAACAUCCUCAAAUAAGUAAAUCUGGUAUUUAACAUUAAACCCUCCAUGUGUGGAAUAACUGAAGAACCUGGUCUUAGAGUACUGUACUCUGAUAAAAAUGUAUCACAAUUCCAGACUUGCACUUUUCCUAUCCAAGGCCUGAUCUUAAAUCCACUGAAUCAAA